AUGGAGAGAGUUCUGGCACAAUUAGCAAAAAUUCGUUUGCAACUUGCUAAAUUUCGUUCCCCUUUCUUCAUCUACUUCUUCUACUUCUUUUCCUUUUCGCUUUUAGGGUUCUUGGCACUCAAGGUCUCAAAGCCAAGAACUACUUCACGUCCUCAUGACUUGGAUCUCUUAUUCACUUCAGUCUCCGCAAUCACUGUAUCUUCCAUGUCCACCAUUGACAUGGAGGUCUUUUCCAAUACUCAACUGAUCAUCAUCACUAUCCUCAUGUUCCUCGGUGGAGAAGUCUUCACUUCUUUUCUCGAUCUCUACUUCUCUCAUUUUAGCAACUUCGUCUUUCCGCAUAACAAAAUUAGACAUCUUAUGGGCUCCUUAAAUAUAAAGCCUCCGACAGAGGAUAGGCGUCGCGACCUUGAGAAUAUUACAGAUCAUCUUAAGCGUCCUAGCCAGAUCAAUGAAAGGGCGUCUAAGUAUUUGUACUCGGUGGUUCUUGGUUAUCAUCUUGUUACAAACCUAGCAGGCUCCGUUUUAGUUCUUGUGUACGUAACCUUUGUUAAGACGGCGAAGGUUGUUCUUAGUUCCAAAGAAAUCUCACCUGUUACCUUCUCCAUCUUCACAACGGUCUCCACUUUUGGAAACUGUGGGUUUGUCCCGACAAAAGAGAACAUGGUCAUCUUUCGCAAGAACUCGGGUCUUCUCUGGCUCUUAAUUCCUCAAAUAUUCAUGGGAAACACAUUGUUUCCUUGUUUCUUAUUUUUGCUCAUAUGGGGGCUUGAUAAGAUCACGAAGCGCGAGGAGUUUGGUUACAUUCUCAAGAAUCACAAGACAAUGGGAUACUCUCAUUUACUCUCCCUUCGUCUGUGUGUUCUUCUUGGUUUGACGGUGUUAGGGUUUGUAAUGAUACAGUUUUUUGUUUUCUGCACCUUUGAAUGGAACUCUGUGUCUCUUGAAGGAAUGAAUCCGUACGAGAAGUUGGUUGGUUCGUUGUUUCAAGUGGUGAACUCCAGACACACUGGAGAAAACAUUGUUGACCUUUCUACGCUAUCCCCGGCCAUCUUGGUACUCUUCAUCUUCAUGAUGUGA